AGCUUCUCAUCUGUGAAAUAAUCUUGUAUACAGUUGUUUGCAAACUGGUAGUGACAAUUUUUGUUUUAAUUAGAUUGAAACAAGACUUAAUGAAGGUUUUAUUUCAAUUUAAUCCUUCACCAAUUUAAUUUUUUGAUUCAUAUUUUUCAUCAAUUGUUCAAUCAUUCCUAUCUUUUGUUGUUUUUUGUGCAACUCAACUAGUCUAUUCUGGUAUGCUUGUUGUGAAAUAAUUAUCAUAAGAAAAAAGUGAAAGACUGAAAAAAUAAUUUUCUUUAUACUGUGGUACCAUGAGUGAUUACAUGAGAUCUGUACCAAGUACUCACAGGAUCAGAGAAAAGGAGAGAGAAAGGGAAAGAGAAAGAGACAGAGAAAAACCAAGAGAUAGAGUGAGGGAUAAAACAUACGUUAAUAACAAUUCCAGCGGAGCAAGCAGCCGAAGAGAAGUGACUGGUUGUCGAUCUGAAAAUUAUUCAAGUCUACCUUCAGCAUACUCUAAUGACAAAGUCAACCAUCAUAGUGGUAGUAGUGUCAAAAGGGUCAGCGAAAGAGACAGAAGCAGAAGCUCAAUGAAACGUCAUGCCUCCGGAGAUUGGGCUGAAUAUAUCAGUUCUUCUGGCAAAAAGUAUUAUUAUAAUUCAGUGACCGGUGUAUCACAGUGGGAAAAGCCAAAGGAUUUUAUUCACCCGACAUUAGAAGAUGAUGAUGACAAUCAACCUGAUGUUGGUGUUGUAUCCAAUAAGGAUAAAUAUUUUACUUCAGCUGCUUCUUCGGUAUCAAGGAAGGAAAAGACAUCCUCCACGCCGGGUAGUUUGAAAACCUGUGAUAGUGAAGACUCUAGAAGACGUCUACAUGAUGUUGAUUCAACUCCGUUAGAUGAAGCCAGUGACAUCAGUGCUGACGAAGAACCAUUUGUCAAUAGAUAUGAUACCAAUACUUCUACGUUGGACGGUAAAGAUCAUCACAAAGCUGGUUAUCAUCAUAGAUACAGUGAUGAAAAAUUGCCUGUUGGUGUCCGAGAUAGAGAAAGAGACAGAGAACGAGAGAGAGAAAGGGAAAGAGAAAGAGAUCGUGAACAUGAUCGAGUUCGUGAUCGAGACCGAGAAAGGGAACGCAAGAGAGAAAGAGAAAGAGAGAUUGAAAGGAGAGAUCGAGAGAGAGACCGAGAACGAGAUCGAGACCGUGACCGGGAACGCGAUCGCGAUCGUGACCGGGAACGUGAUCGUGAUCGUGAUAGAGAACGAGACCGGGAACGAGACCGAGAAUAUGAUAGAGAAAGAGAAAAUGAUCCUUGGUUUGACAGAAGAAUAGAUAGAGAUAGAGAGCGCGACAGAGACAGGGAUAGGGAUAGAGAAUGGGAAAGAGAAUGGGAACGAGAAAGGGAGAGAGAACGAGAGCGUAAAAGAGACAGGGAACGAGAUCGAGAUAGAGAUCGUGAUCGAGAAAUUCUGAGAGAACGAGAGAGAGACCGGGAGCGUGAAAGAGAUAGAGAUCGUGAAAAUGAUCCUAGAUUUGAAAAGCGGAUGGAUUUGGUGAGAAAUGAACCAAGAUAUUUAGAUAAACGAGUUGACAAAAUUAAUGAGCCUCGCAUGGAUUUGGUUAAAUCUAAUGAAAGUCGACUCAAUGAAUCCAAAGAGACUAGACCAGAUCCAAGAGAUCCUAGGCAUCAGUUGAGAUCAUCAAGACAAGAUAAUCACAACUCUGAAUCGGAAAGACGUCUCAGUGAUGGAGCUGUUGUUGAUGUACAAACACAUGGUGGCUCAAGUAAUCAUCACAACUCCUGUGGUAGCAAUAACAUGACUUCGCCUGGUUUUAUGAAUGAUCAUAAAGGUUCAACUGUAUGCAAAGAGAUUAGUUCUUGUAACGAUAGGAGUGUCAAUUCAUGUAAUACAAAUAGAAACCCUACUUCAACCUCUGUCCCUUCUGGAGGAGGACCUUCCACAGGGAAUACCAAUUGCUCAACUUCAGUACCACCGGCAGAUCUUUUAUCUCCUUCCCAAGUUAAUUUAACCAAUCUUCCUAAAUUAAUUAACCAAUUAACGAAUUCCCAUGGAUUACCCGAUCUGUCCGACCUCUCACCUCAAGAAGCUUUAAAAACUAUCCAACAAGCUUUGCAGUUAACUAAACAAGUUAAACAAAGGUCUGCCAAUCAACAAAUGCAAAACUCUCAAGGAAUCUGGCUUAAUUAUCUAUCUAAUGUGAAUAAACUUUCCUCUUCACCCUUGAAUCAUACUCCUGUGCAUAACCAAGGUAAUAUAAGGGAAUCUCCAUCAUCGCUACAUUCUCGUCAUCAUUCAUUAUCAUCAUCUGGAAAUGCAUCUCAAUCUCAUUCAAGGCAGUAUCAGCAAUCCCAUCUUAGUCAAUCCAGGCAUCACCAUUCGCAAUCCCAUCAAUCUUCUUUACCACAAUCGUAUAGCCAUCAUCAGAGUGCUGAUGGGAUUAGACAUGAACUCGAUCUCCUCACUAACCGUAAUUGGGCCCAAUCACCCGGUUCGGAUGUGAGCGUAGAUUCUCCUACUCGAGGACCAUCUUCAGUUUCUAGUAUACCAACAGGUAUUGGUACAACGUCUCUUAAACCAUCAGUGCCUAGUUUGACACCAUCAUUGGUUAAUUAUUUUGAUGAAAAUCUUAUUGGUCAUGUUACUGGCUGGUCAGGCGAAAUUAUUGAGAAAGAGAUAAAAAAGCUUUCCGAGGAAGCGCAUGAAAUUGGAAGUUUAAACUCUACAAGAGUUUCAGCUGAGCUUAAAAUGGCUCGAUCUUUGGUUAGAUUAACAGAAAUUCAAGCAACUUUACAGGAACAAAGAAUUCUUUAUAUCAGUCGGCAAAUUAAUGCAGUUGAAGGAUGGAAAGGUCAAAAUUUAGCGACUCAUUCUUAGUAAAGAGUAGUUCAUCUUAGUGGUUUAUCUACUGAUAAUACUAAUGAUAAUGUACAUUUUGUCUAUUUUUUUCAAAGUAAAAUACUUCAAAUUACUUAA